CUUGGAGGUCUGGCAACGGCAAUUGCCCUCGCAAGCCACGGCCACAAAGUGACUGUGUUUGAACAGACAGCAACACUAGGCGAAGUCGGCGCAGGAAUUCAAAUCCCCUCCAACUCAUCCCGCCUCCUACACAAACUCGGCCUAACUCCCUAUCUAGAGAAACAUGUCACAGAGCCAGAAUCCAUCAAAUUCCGACGCUGGAAAAAUGGUAAAGUGAUCGGACUUACACAGCUGAUUCCGAGUUUUCGAGAAAUCUUCAAUGGGCCGUACUAUGUUGUCCAUCGUGCAGAUUUUCUGGCGGCGCUGUAUCAACGGGCGUUGGAUUUGGGCGUUACCGUUAAGUUGGCGUCGAAUGUGGUUGAUUAUGAUUCUGAACGACCCAGUGUGAGACUUGAGGAUGCGUCUGUCUUUACUGCUGAUCUUGUUGUUGCUGCUGAUGGAAUAAAAUCACCUGCUAGAAGGAUCCUCCUGCGAGACAUCGAAAAGCCAUUCGAGAAACCCGGUUUCGCCGCAUACAGGGCAACCGUCGACGUAAACCGCAUAAGAAACGACCCAAAGAUAUCCUGGCUACUGGAGAAACCGAAUCUAAACAUCUGGAUCGGAGACGGACGACAUGUCAUGACAUACAUAAUCGGAGGAGGCAAAUCAUUCAACAUGGUUCUCUCCCAUCCAGACACGACAGACCCUUCAACCUGGGAUCAAACAUCCGCUUUACGAGACAUGGUGAAGGAGUUCCAGGGGUGGGAUCCAAGACUCACAAAAAUCAUCAGUCUCGUUGAAAAGACCCUUAAAUGGCCUCUUCUCAGUGGAUCUCCUCUUUCUCGCUGGGUUUCGGGACGAGUCGUUGUUCUCGGUGAUGCUGCUCAUGCGAUGCUUCCUUAUAUGUCUCAAGGCGCCGCAAUGGCAGUCGAAGACGGCGUAGCUCUAGCCCAAUCUCUUUCCCACAUCACCUCAUCCGCAGAAAUCAGCAAAGCACUAUCAAUCUUCGAAAAAGUCCGAAUAGCGCGAGCGAAUAAAAUGCAAGAAGCAAGUUUGUUGAAUGGGACACUAUGGCAUUUUCCCGAUGGACCUUUGCAGCAGGCUCGGGAUGCUGCUUUGGUGCCGGAGACGAAGGGGGUUCCAUUUUCUCAUAGUCCGAACCAAUGGAGUGAUCCGGCGACGCAGAUGUGGUGUUAUGGGUAUGAUGCUGAGAAGGAGAUUGAUGAGGUUUGGAGGGAGGAGAAGUCGGUUAGGCUACGGGGGUCUUUAUGA